AAACUUCCUGCCGAAAAUGACGAAAAGUACUGGAGCUAGACUAUAUCGAGCAUGCGUGCGCUGUCGACAGUGAAAGAUUAAAUGCGAUCUGUUUGGCGAUCCCAAACUCACUUCACAGUCUCCUUACCCAACCAAUUAAUCUAACAUGGUGAAGGACAUACGCCCCCGACUAUGGCUACCUCCCCUGCUCCAAAUGCACCUCCGAUGGCCGGCCAUCGAUGUGUGAUUGUCAAGUCAAGAAGAGGCGGUGACUACUCUCGCUUCCGGCGAUCACCACAAUUGCAGCAGCGAACCGAUGCCCAGAACACGCGAUUACGCGAACUUGAAGGAGGAGUGUCUGUGAACGACCAACCUGGCCAAACCUUUAUGAACCAAACCGAGGUAAACCCAUGUGGCGGGUUUCAAAAUCCCCUGGAAGCACUCCUGAUCCUGGCACAGACAGCAGCCAACGAUCAGCCGGCUGCGCGAGUCGAGAUGAAAUCGACACGCGGUGAAAUACAUGCCAUGGACAGAGACAUCAGUCGCUUGCCAUGUGGUGGAAGAUUGAGACAUCUGAGUUCCAGACAGCCGCACAUUGUCGAAAAGGGGAUUUGGUGCCUGGAGUAAUGUCCUUCUACCAUCCCAUUUGCACUGUCUGCUUAUGGUGCAGUCUGAGUAUCUCCGUCUCUAUGUCAACGCUUUCGCAUUUCAAGCAGUCCUCUACCGUACCUCGAAGGAAGGUCCUACCUCGGCAAGUGCGAAGCCUGCUGCCUAUUUUCCUUUCAGUGUAAUGGCUAGCCCAGAUGGCCGCCAUGUAUACAUAGCCAUCGAGGCUGCGAGGAAUGUCUUGAAGUGCCUAAUGAACCAUUUGAAUCCGACGAAGCAUCUAAGAUUCCUCCCCAUCCGAUAUUAC